GACGUGUGUUUAGUUCGCUAACUUUAGAAAAUUAGUUCGCUAGGAUUGCGUCCCCGUGUAAUUUCCAUUAAAAAUGAAGGGGAAACUACUGGCCUUGACGGCCGUCACUAUAAUAGUUUUCUUGGCGCAGAAAACUGCAACGUUGGACGCACUAAACGAGAGCACAGAUGCCAAGGAACCUACUGUCAAAUUUGAAGACCCUUUGCAGAACAAAACCCCAAUACAUAAUGCAACUUCGGUAAAUAGCAACGUUAGCAACGUAUCGGCUACUUCUAGCAGUGGGAACGUCUCGUCCGUGGAAUUGAGUUCAGUUGCAACCGUGCCGCAAAAUGUGAAUGCUUCUAAAAACGCGACCACGACCGUCACGGAACCAUCCCUGAUCGACCCUCAUGCCGUGGAGCAAGAGCACAACUCCUCGCUUUCCCUAUUCUUUGUUAUUUGUGUUAUAAUGCUGGGAAUACUUUUGAUACACUCAAUGCUGCAAACGGGUUUCCAAUAUCUGCCCGAAUCGAUCGUGGUGGUGUUUCUGGGUGCAUUCAUUGGGCUCUCGCUUAAUGUGAUGUCGGGCGAAAAUGGCAGCUGGAAGCGAGAGGAGGUCUUCUCGCCCAUGGGAUUCUUCCUUGUCCUCUUGCCCCCCAUCAUAUUUGAGUCUGGCUACAAUCUACACAAGGGAAAUUUCUUCCAAAACAUUGGCUCCAUACUGGUCUUUGCUAUUUUCGGCACAACAAUAUCGGCUCUGGUGAUAGGAGCUGGCAUCUACCUACUGGGCAUGGCUGAGGUGGCGUAUAGACUUAACUUUUCCGAAUCAUUCGCAUUUGGCUCUCUCAUUUCGGCGGUUGAUCCUGUUGCUACUGUUGCCAUAUUCCAUGCCCUGGACGUAGACCCGAUCUUGAACAUGUUGGUUUUUGGAGAGAGCAUUCUAAACGAUGCCGUUUCCAUUGUGUUAACUGCUUCAAUAACGAUCAACGCAAAUGCAGACGCAGGCACAGGCGAAGCAAUGAUGAGCGCCUUGAAGACCUUUUGCGAGAUGUUUUUCGCUUCGGCUGGCAUCGGUGUUAUAUUUGCCCUUAUAUCCGCAUUGCUGCUCAAGCACAUCGAUCUGCGAAAACAUCCUUCGCUGGAAUUCGCAAUCAUGCUGAUGUUCACCUAUGCGCCUUACGUGCUGGCUGAAGGGAUACACUUGAGUGGCAUUAUGGCAAUACUCUUCUGUGGAAUCGUCAUGUCACACUAUACGCAUUUCAAUUUAUCGACUGUCACGCAAAUUACGAUGCAGCAGACGAUGCGUACAUUGGCCUUUAUAGCGGAGACGUGCGUGUUUGCCUACCUGGGCUUGGCCAUCUUUUCAUUUAAGCAUCAAGUGGAGCUGUCAUUCGUCAUCUGGUCAAUUGUGCUCUGUCUGAUUGGUCGGGCAUGCAAUAUAUUUCCUUUGGCUUAUUUGGUAAAUAAGUUUCGUGAACACAAGAUCAACAAUAAGAUGCAGUUCAUAAUGUGGUUCUCUGGCCUGCGAGGUGCCAUCUCCUAUGCACUCUCACUUCACUUGCAUCUAGAUAGCCAGGAUAAACGACAUGUCAUUAUUACCACCACUUUGAUCAUUGUUCUGUUCACUACACUCGUGCUGGGAGGCUCAACGAUGCCAUUACUAAAGUACUUGAAGCCCGGUAAGAAGCGCCGUGCUCGGGGAUCUGGAUCUCUGCGCUCUUCAAGUGGUGGCUCACAGAGCACUCAUCGAAAGCGCAGCAAGUCCGUAUCCUUGUCGAAAACACGAGAGUGGGGACAAGCCAUCGAUUCGGAGCACUUGUCUGAGCUAACAGAAGAAGAGGACGUCACCUUUACACAGGCCCGCGAUCGCUUCGGGCGUUUGGAUCGCAAAUACUUUAUACCUUUCUUCACGCGCCGCUUCAACAGCCAGGAGCUGCACGAGUGCAAAUCCCAAAUGGCCGAUUUGACCAACAAAUGGUAUCAAGCCAUACGAGUUAGUCCCUUGGACUCCGACGAAUCGGACGAUGAAAUUGGCCUAUCGGCCAAUACAAGCCAGAGUAAUUUGACUCGAUCCUAAAUCUAAGAUGAUUCGGCUAAGAAGCUGGCUGUGUAAAAACAUUAGAGUGUCCAAAGUAUUUGUGUAUAUUAAGAGCUAUUCAUAUUUAUAUACCCUGUAAUAUUACUUACAAAAA